GUAUGGAAUCCGCCCUGAAAAUGUGAUUAUAUAUGGCCAGAGUAUAGGAACAGUACCAUCUGUGGAUCUUGCUGCUAGGUAUGAAAGUGCUGCUGUAAUUCUUCAUUCUCCACUGACCUCAGGAAUGAGAGUAGCUUUUCCUGACACGAAGAAGACCUAUUGCUUUGAUGCAUUUCCAAACAUUGACAAAAUUUCUAAAAUAACAUCUCCUGUGUUAAUAAUCCAUGGGACUGAAGAUGAAGUAAUUGACUUUUCACAUGGCCUAGCAUUAUUUGAGCGUUGCCAGAGACCUGUAGAACCACUGUGGGUAGAAGGAGCAGGCCAUAAUGAUGUGGAACUCUAUGGACAGUACCUUGAAAGAUUAAAACAGUUUGUGUCACAGGAACUGGUGAACUUGUAAUUUUCUUUGUAUAUUUACAUGCUUCUUCAUUUCACUGCAGAACUGCACGCCUUGAUAAAUACACAACAUAAAACCUGAAGAUUGUGUUUUCAAAUCAACUUGGUUGCCUUCAUUAAAUGUACAGGUAAUGAUUUGUCAACAUAAUUAAUGAAGGUUUUAAUGCCAGUAUAAUAAACUGGAAUUACAUGAUCAUGCAUUCAAGCUUGGCAGUUCAUAUUACUUUGUGUGAGGUUUUUUGGUCAUCUUAGAUGUAAAAAAAAAAAUUAAAAAAAAAUCACAAGGAGUACUGUAUGAAAUUUUCAUUAUAUAAAAUCGAAUGCUGUAAAAGUGUUGCCAAAUGCUUUGGCAUAUCAAAAGCAAGUUUUUAAAUAUUUUUUAAACAUCUCAAAAUGUACUGUGACUUACUCUGUUGCACAGAUGUAAAUUAAAAACCAGAUGUCUAAGCAGUUGUUCUGUAAAACAGUAAUAGCCAUGAAAUCUGAACUAAUACUAAUGUAUGUAGUAAGAAUAGACAAGUCACUGGAAAUGACCCAUGCC